AGCGCUUAUGCGAAAUAGAGGUGCUCAUUAGAUUUCAGUGCAUGCUUUCGGAAUACAAAAAAGUAGAAAAUUCUGUAAAUAAGUGAUCAUUUUUUUUCCAUUACAGUCGAUUGGAAUUUUAUGAUGUGGAAAAUCUAAGAUAUCCAAACUCCAAAGACAGGUGUGGAAAGUGUGCUCUACAGAAUUCCUACAAGAUGAAGAAAUCCAGUGUUUGUUUUUUGUCGAUGGCGGUCCUCCUAGUUCUACUCAGGCCGCUGCGUUCAUUUGAAUGCCCAGAGUACAUGCGUCGCCGAUACGACUAUAUCAUAGUUGGGUCUGGAUCUGCCGGAACCGUCCUUGCCGCGCGGCUGUCGGAGAACCCGGAUCACAGGGUGUUGUUAGUGGAGGCUGGGGAGUCGGACAGGGAGAGGAAGGAGACCCCCUACAUAGACAUCCCCGCCCUCUACCCCCUAUUGGUCAACUCCAGCGUGGACUGGGGCUACUACAGCGUUCCCCAGAGGUUCUCCGGAUACGCAUUCAAUAAUAGGCAAUUUCCUUUGCCUCAAGGGAAGGUUAGCGGGGGUACAUUCAGCAUCAACAGAAUGAUCUAUCAGCGUGGAAGUCGCCAUAUUUAUGAUUAUUGGGCCUCAUCCGGAGCAACUGGUUGGAGCUUCCGGGAAAUUCUAAAGUACUUCCGGCGGUCAGAAGAUAUCAGCGUUCCAGAAUUAGCAAGAUCAACGUACCACGAGCAGUGUGGACCCCUCAGAGUGUCCCGUCUACCCCCUAGCCCGCUCCUCAGCCUCUAUCUGAAGGGAGCCAACAGUCUGGGCUACCGGACCAUCAACUGCAACGAGGGGAUAGACGUCGGUGUGUGCAGGAUACAUACAAACAUUAAAUUCGGCGAGCGCUGGAAUACACUUAAAGGCUUUAUCCGCCCGGCCCUAGGGAGAAGAAACCUUGACAUGGUCACUGAUGCUCAUGUAUCUAAAGUUUUGAUUUCCAACAGAAGGGCACAAGGUAUAGAAUUUAUACACAGGGGGAUUUCCUUUAGUGUACAGACGGAUAAGGAAGUGAUAUUGACGGCUGGUACAUACGGGUCCCCAGCCAUUCUAAUCCGGUCCGGAAUCGGUCCAGCUGACCAACUACAAAGGCUGCAGGUGCCCCCGAUUUCGUUGAUUCCAGUUGGAGAAUCAUUACAAGACCACCCCACGGUCAACAUCAGAGUUCUGUUAAAGGCUCCAACCAUCAAACCCCACGCCAUUGCCGACCAAGUCAAGAACAACCAGUACUUGUUCCAGCGAACAGGAUUGCUAGCAGAACUGCGGGGGACGGAAGCGCUUCUUACUCUACAGUCGGAUCCGACCUCGAUCAUCGCCUACCCUGACCUUCAGAUAACCUUCACCAGUGCUCUUGGUGACCAUGACCCCAUGAUUGAUUUUGUGGGCAACAAAAAUCUAUCCUUCAUAAAGUCGUGGUAUUCUAUAGCAAGGGGCCAAGAUGGGGUGACCAUGAACAUAAAAUUACUGCACCCGGUCAGUAGAGGAAGCCUGAAGUUGAACAGUGUCGAUCCCAGAGUUCCCCCUGUGAUUGACCCCGCCUACCUGUCUAAUCCGGAAGACAUCAGGGUGCUGAUCAAAGGAAUCAGAAAGGUACAAGAUUUGAUCAAGACACCUUCCUUCCAAGAGGUCCAGGCCUCAUUCGGGCCUUCAUUCUCGGGCUGUCUCCAUUUAGCGCGAGAUUCUGAUGCAUACUGGGAAUGUUACAUCCGCCAUUUUAUGGAACCCGGACACAACCCUGUCUCAACCAAUAAAAUGGGCUCCGUUAAUGACGGCUCUACUGUGGUGGGGCCAGAUCUCAAGGUUAAAGGAAUCAUCGGACUGCGGGUUGCUGAUGCGUCCAUUAUACCCGAGAUCACAGACUACACUAAUGCCGCCACCAUCAUGGUCGCGGAGAAAGCGGCGGACAUUAUAAAGAGCGAAGCCAAAAUUCCACUUCCUCCUGUACCGUGAAAAUAUGGGAUGAUGGGACACAAGAUGGCGCUGGGAGAACAGAAUAACCAAACAAAUUUAAAAGGAGCGCAAAGAAAAACGAAAACGAGACAAUCGACUGAUUAAAAGACAAAAAUAAGUUAUAAACAAUUAAAAUGUGUUAUUGUUGUCAAUUUUGCUUUAAUGCUUAUUGAUACUUUUAUAAUUAUGAUGACUGGGUAAUUAUCUUUUGAAGGGCUAAUGUCAUCGGUUGACAGCAACUGACCCAUUUGUUAGCCUUCAACUAGUUUAGUAUUGUUUUAUGGUUUUAAGUAUUCUAGGUAACCAGUGUUACUACCGCUUUUUAUGACACAAACAAUGAUUAUUGACUUUUCCUUAUAAUUCAUUUCGUUAUUAAAAGCGUAAUGCGUUUUUCUUGUAGUUUAUACACAUUCAAUUCAGAAUACACAAAAAUUCGUUUAUAAUUAGCAUAUUCAUUUUUAACAUUGUCAAUAUUUGACAGAAUUUUUAAAUAAAACCGAUGUUUAACGAUUAUGAUUCGUUUAUUGUCUCCUUUGAUUUACAGUGUAUUCUAAAAGCAUUUUGUGUAAUAUUGUUUGAUCUCUUUAUGCCCCUUGUUUGAUACAUUUAUUUAAGAAAUAAAGAUCGAGUUUCCGUGAAUAUUGCAGAAUAUUCUCCGAGGUCGAGAAAUGUUGUUUAAAAAAUUUAAAAGCGAUGGCAUUGGCCUCGUGUUUUACAUUUCAAGCAAAUAGAUUAGGUUAUGAAUCCUGCAACAUUCACAAUAACAAGAUCUUUAUGUCUAUUUUAAUGACAGCGUGCGUGCCUAAAAUUGAGAAAUGUGUAUAACGUGCUCGUUAGUUGAUAUCGACUGUAGUAGGUAAAAAGAGGUCUUAGAAAGGGUCGUAUUGUACAUGUAUUUCAAUAAAUUUUAAAUCAAUUUCAGGCACGCACCCUAAAUUGACACAUACAUGUAUGGAAAAAAGUUCCAUGAUAUACAGAGGAAG